AUGUUUGCUCGACGCACUGCUGCUCGUGUCAUCACCCAGCCUUCGCUGCUGGCGGCGCCUUCAAAUGCCAGGAAUAUGGCUACUCUUCGUGAAAUUGAAUUGCGUCUUAAAUCUGUCCGCAACAUCGAGAAAAUUACCAAGUCCAUGAAAAUGAUUGCUUCAACUAAGCUGGCUAAGGCCCAAAGGGCUAUGCAAUCUGGUAAGCUCUAUGGUGAAGCCAACGCUGAGGUUUUCGAGACCGCCAAGGAGGGUGUCACUGGGUCCCGAAAGCUGUUCCUUGUCUUGUCUUCGGACAAAGGUUUAUGUGGUGGAAUUCAUUCUUCCGUCACAAAGGCUACUCGUCGUGCUUUCAAUAACGCACCUGACUCUCCCAUCCCUGGCGUCUCCGUGGAAUCCGAUACCUCUGUCAUGGUUAUUGGAGACAAAUCUAAAGCACAACUGUCGCGUAUCUAUCCUGAUAACCUCAAGCUCACGUUCAAUCAAAUUGGCCGGGAUGUUCCAACGUUUGCUGACGCCGCAGGUGUCGCAGACUUAGUGGUGAAGAGUGGCGUGGAGUAUGAUUCCGUUGUGAUCAUCUACAACAAAUUUGUCUCUGCCAUCUCGUACGAGGCUGCUGCCGUGGAGGUCAAGGGCGAGAAAGCGUUGAAGGAAAGCGAGGGAUUCAAGAAAUACGAGAUGGAAGAUGAUUUCACCAAGGAUCUUGCUGAAUUCUCGCUCGCCAAUGCGUUAUAUGCUACCCUUACUGAGUCUCAUGCUUGCGAAAUCAGCGCGCGUCGUAACGCCAUGGACAAUGCAUCCAAGAAUGCUGGAGAUAUGAUUGGCAGUCUAACGAUGCAAUAUAACCGUGGUAGACAAGCAGCUAUUACCAACGAGCUGGUUGAUAUUAUUACUGGUGCUAGUGCUCUAUGA